AUGUCCUCUCCCGCUCCCGCUCCCGUCCUCAAGACUCCGGUGCCUGGCGCACAUCGCAACCACAAGCUCCCAUCCCUCACAUUGGGCAUACCGCCGUCUCCCAAUGCCAAACCGGUCAACCAGACGGGCGUGGCAGCCCCGGCUCCGGCACCGGUACCGGCCCUCGCCAUCAACGUUCCCCAGAAGCCCGCCAGCAGAGCACCCCCAAAGCUGAGACUGGCCACCCCCAUGGGCGCCACGGGCGGCGGCAACAAGCCUGCGUUCCAGGAUGCCAACGCUCUGCACAACGGCCGCCCCAUUCCACAACACUACAAUUCAACAGGCUCGUCAGACAGCAACAGCAACGGCCAGAAUAAUAAUGUACACUCGCGGUCGGGGAGCUUUACCGGCGGCCCUGACGCCAGGGGUAGCGGACCUCCCACCUCGGCCAGCUCGUCCACUUACUCUGCUCCUUCCUUUGCAUAUGGCCUUCCCCAGCCCUAUGGUUCGACUCCCGAUCCUUCUUCGGCCAUCAGCUCUGUGUACUCGGAUCUAGGCGAUGGCUCGGCCAUGGAGAGAGAAAACAGUGUCAACGGCCUGACGGACCUGGACAAGCUCAGUCAGGAACUUGGACGGCCUCUGGACGUAGAAGAUCUGGAUGAUGAGCGGUGGUUGGCUGCCAGUGAACAGGGCAAGAUCAUCGAGCUCGGCAGCCUCGGUGAGGGUGCCGGUGGAGCUGUCACUCGAUGUCUGCUCAAGGGAGGAAAGACCGUUUUUGCCCUAAAGAUCAUCACAACCGACCCGAAUCCAGAUGUCAAGAAACAGAUUGUUCGAGAACUUAAUUUCAACAAGGGAUGUGCUUCAGACUACAUAUGCAGAUACUAUGGUGCAUUCGUCGACCGGUCAAGUAGCUCGAUAUCCAUCAUCAUGGAACUAUGCGAAGGCGGCAGUCUGGACAGCAUAUACAGAGAAGUUAAGAAACUUGGCGGUCGAACCGGAGAGAAGGUGCUCGGAAAGGUUGCCGAGGGCGUCUUGAACGGUCUGACAUACCUGCACGGCCGAAAGAUCAUCCACAGAGAUAUAAAACCUUCGAAUAUCCUUCUCUGCCGCAACGGCCAAGUCAAACUUUGUGACUUUGGUGUAAGCGGCGAAUUCGGGACCAAGGGCGAUGCAAACACUUUUAUUGGCACAUCCUACUACAUGGCCCCUGAGAGAAUCACUGGACAGUCCUACACCAUCACCUCCGACGUCUGGUCCCUCGGAGUUACACUGCUUGAAGUUGCACAGCACCGAUUCCCCUUCCCCGCCGACGGGACAGAGAUCCAGCCUAGAUCUGUCCUCAUUGACCUUCUCACUUACAUCAUCCAUCAGCCCAUCCCAAAACUCAAGGACGAGCCUCACAACGGCAUCCACUGGAGUGACAACUUUAAAUACUUCAUCGAGUGCUGUAUCACAGCUAACAUGUCUGUUCAGCUUGGAGAAAGACCAUCCCCGACGAGCCACGCCCUGGCGAAUGCUAGAACACCCAUGGAUGCUCGAAAUAAAGAACAAGAAAGUGAAUAUGGCGCACUUCCUGAAGCAAGUAUGGGGCUGGAACGAUUAGAAUUCCCACACAACUAA